UUCUCGACCCUCCACCGUCGUUGCUCUCUGGAAGAAAGAACUGCUCGGCUCUCUUUCCCUCUACACGUCGGAGCAGCUCCUCGAACGCCGCCGACGACGACGACGCCGUCUCUCUCUCUCCCUCUUUCUUGCUCAGAAGCCAUUCCAAAGCUUAUUUUGAUAAGGUACCGUUUCUAUGCUACUGAUUCUUUACUCCAUUCCGCCAUUUACUCAAAAAGGUUUCUGAAAAUCUUAGGGUUCUAGCUGCGAUUCCGUCUUUCUUCUUCGACACUUUCCCUAAAGAAGCACGGACUGUGUUUCUUGCGAAUUCCCUGUUGCUCGACUUUGUUUUUGGUUUCUUCAGUCUACUUCGUUUUACGGAGUAAAACUGCAUGCUGGACGGUUUUCUCUUGUUGUGGUUCACUGCAUUGGAUUCUGUUGGACUCGGUUGAAGUUGACAUUGUUGGUGUAGGGAAAGGACUAGUGUGUGAGAAUUAGAAGCAUCCAGCAGCAGCAAGAAGAACAAGAGAAGCAAGUGAGUCAAUAUGGACGAGGAACAAGUAGUGAAAUUUGUGGAAACAUACCUAAAGAAGAAAGGGUUCAAACAAGCAGAGCUUGCUUUCCACGAGGAAGUUCAGAAGAACUCAAGUGCCAACUCAAUCAAGAUCCACUCGGAUCCUGAUCUCUCAAAUCUGAUCCUCUCACUUUCAAAGUCAGGGGACGAUCCAGCACAGUACCAUGAAGAGUAUGGCAAACUAAGAACAUGGACCUUCAAUUCGCUUGAUUUAUACAAGCAUGAGUUGCUUCGGGUGCUUUAUCCGGUAUUCAUUCAUUGUUAUAUGGAUCUGGUGGCAAAAGGUCAUAUUCAAGAUGCGAGAGCCUUCUUCAACACCUUUCGUGAAGACCAUGAAAUGCUCCAUGCCAGAGACCUUCAGAAGUUGGAAGGAGUUCUUUCACCCUCUCAUAUACAGGAGAUGGAAUUCGCUCAUACUCUUAGGCAGAGCAAAGUCAACAUCAAGAUGUGUGAGUAUUCCAAUGAGCUCCUGAUGCAGCAUCUGCGAAAGACAAAAUCCACCACAGUCCUUGGGAUUGUCAACGAGCGAAUUAACUUCCAAGUUUCUCCUGGACAACCAGGUUUAAUAUCUGAUGAUGCUGAGGUUGUGACGCUAAUUGGAACCAGUCAGGAUGCAGCUAAUAAAAUUAACAAGAAAGAAGUACAUUGGGGGUUACUGGAAGAUACAUUGGAAGAUCGUCUAGAAAAGGCAGGGGGGUUGCAAUCUGAUACAGAAAAGCCAGAAGGAGACACCAAAGAUGGUGAGAUUGAUGACAAUAAGAAACGAUUGGCAGAGGGCGGAAAACAAGGUACUUCAGUAAAAAAAUCAAAAAAGGACAAGCCAGCUGGUGGUUCAGCAAAAGCUCGAGCUGAAACUAUUGUCGUACCUGCAGCCCCUCGUGUCAAACCGGAGCUUCCUUUACCAGUAAUGCCAGCAGAAGUCGAACAGUCCAUCCUUGAGGACUUGAGAAACCGCGUUCAGUUGAGCAGCACAUCAUUGCCUUCUGUUAGCAUGUAUACAUUUAUCAACACGCAUAACAGUUUGAACUGCUCCUCAAUCUCAAAUGAUGGAUCAUUAGUUGCUGGUGGAUUUUCAGACUCCUCCCUAAAGGUGUGGGAUAUGGCAAAACUUGGGCAACAAGCUAGCAGUUCUACUCCGCAGGCUGAAAUUGAUGCUUCUGUUGAGCACAUACAAGGGCCAAAUGGUAGCAAGAGAUCUUACACAUUGUUACAGGGCCACUCUGGUCCUGUUUAUUCAGCCACCUUCAGUCCACUUGGUGAUUUUAUUCUUUCAUCUUCUGCAGACACCACCGUUAGGCUGUGGAGCACCAAGCUGAAUGCCAAUCUUGUUUGUUACAAAGGUCAUAAUUACCCUGUCUGGGAUGUACAGUUUAGUCCUUUUGGACAUUAUUUUGCAAGUGCUUCCCAUGAUAGAACAGCAAGAAUUUGGUCUAUGGACAGAAUUCAGCCAUUACGAAUAAUGGCAGGUCACUUGUCUGAUGUUGAUUGUGUGCAAUGGCAUGCCAACUGCAACUACAUUGCUACGGGCUCCAGCGACAAGACGGUACGACUCUGGGACGUACAGAGUGGGGAAUGCGUCCGGAUUUUCAUCGGGCACCGGAGCAUGAUCUUGUCACUGGCAAUGUCACCUGAUGGGCGAUAUAUGGCAUCUGGUGAUGAAGAUGGUACCAUCAUGAUGUGGGACCUCUCAAGUGGCCGCUGUGUUUCACCUCUAAUGGGCCAUAACUCAUGCGUCUGGACACUUGCUUUCAGUUGUGAAGGUUCUCUUAUGGCUUCUGGUUCUGCCGAUUCCACUGUGAAAUUGUGGGAUGUAACUUCGAGCACCAAGGGCACUACUAAAACCGACGAAGGCAAAACCGGAAACACUGCCAGCAAGUUGAGAUCUCUGAAGACCCUGCCAACAAAGUCGACCCCGGUUUACUCUUUGAAGUUUUCCAGAAGGAAUCUCCUCUUUGCAGCCGGCGUCCUCUCCAAGAAUGUCUGACAAGAGAUGAUUGAUUAGAAAUCUGCGACAUGGUCGAAACUGCAGAGGAAGGGUCCGCUAAGAAACCGUAAGCGCUGGCCUGCAAACAUAGUGCUUGAGAGUGGAGCAGUUUUUGUUCUUUCUGAAUGAUCUGUUGGGGAUCCUUAAAUUUUCGAGGGAAGUAGAAAGCAGUCAUAACUCAUAUGUGCAUAUAUGCAAUUACAUAUACGAUGGUUCGUCUUCUCGAUGUAAACGAUAUUAUACUUCUGUAUCAUGGUCGAUUCCUUGCACUAUUUCCUUAUCAUACGACUUAAGACUAGUUUAAAUGCAGAAGGGGAAAGGAUGUGUACCUUGCCCGUGCUCAUAAUCGUGUUCCCAUAUCGUAAAAAAAACAUUAUGCUACGUCGUGUCAUGUCCGUGCCAAACCCAUAAGGUCUAGGCAAAGCGAGCCCUUAGUACUUGCGCUCGAGCUGGGUCGACCCAUAAAUAUUGUCUUUGUGCCUGUAUUGUGACUGGCUCGUGGGAUACCCAGGUAGGUAAAGUUACCAUACUAUUUUUAGUUCUAAUUCUGAGGCCAACAAAGUUAAGAGAUCAAUUGGAUUGUGUUGGAGUACUAUAACUGGUGGUGUUGUCCCUUGUCUUGUCGCCACCAAAAUACAACGUAUGGUGUUAGCUUGCUCAUUUUGCAAUUCUAUGGUCCUAAACCUACCCAAAAUAUUAAAAAAAAAAAAAUCAACUUGCCAAACCUGUCUCUCUCCGCUCAGGACAUGAUAAAUGCCCAACCAAAGCCCUGAACUUCCUGUUCCAAAUCAUAACUAACCUAUACCACUCUGUAUUUGUACGUGUGAGUGUGACUAUAUAUUAAGCUGAUAGAAUGAUGCAUGCCAUCUUUCAUCACCACCACUACUACUCAUCUUCCUUGGAUGAAAGGGAUCAGGGCGUACGUCGUGCGAUUCGCCACUUUCUUGUGAUGAAGGUUAGAGUACUCAACGCUGACGGUGUCGGAGGCAGGAGGAGAUGGAGGAUGAUUGCGAGGGAGAAGAGAACGAAGCUGUACAUUAUCCGGAGGUGUGUGGUGUUGCUGCUGUGCUGGAAACCAGAUGAUGAUUGAUCGAGUUCUUAUCAGCGGAUGGUCGACCAUGGAAGUUGCUACUUGGCUAACUAGUAGAUGACAUUGACAUGAUGGAAUCAUAAUUUGGCUCAAGAAAGCCAGUUUUUGAGCAUACCUUCGGAAGCUUCUGUUUCAACUUCUUGGACUUGAAUAACGUUUCAGGUUUUCAUGUUUAUCAUCAACUUCUGCAGUAGCAGCAGCAACACCAACUCUAAUGGCAGUUUCGUCCUUCUGCAAGAACAGCAACUACCUAGAUAGCUUCCCACAAGAGAGUGAUGCGAAGAAAUAUCUGUCUCGAUUGAUUAAAAGUAGCAAUCAUCA